CCCCAACAGCAGAGUCAGAGAAAGUCACAGAAAGGAAGAGAAAAGAUUUUAUUCUGCAGAUGCUGCUAGACGACAAGAAAGGACAAUUUGCAGACUUUUGGAAAAUAAGAACUUUGAUCAGUUUGAGAACAACCACAGCUUUAGAAAAGAUCCCUCUUUUACAUUUUUCCUUUUAUUUUGGUUGAUAAGUCUUUGGAGCUCAUUUGUUGGUCCUGUACCCCCGUGGUCCUUCAACCCUGGAUCUUCUUCUUCAGCUGCUGAACUCCAUGACUCCUCGCUCGUUGGGCUGAGUGAACUCUUUCAGCCUCGCAGAUCUCUGGACCCUGGUGGACUCUUGUAGCCAUGUUGCGUUGCGUUCUUCAGCGGGCCAACAAUUUGAGGCGCUCGGACCCUUUAGCCAGUGUCACGUUCAGAGGGUCCAAGAAGAAGACAAAGGUCAUCAAAAACAACCCCAACCCUGUUUGGAAUGAAGGUUUUGAGUGGGACCUGAAGGGGAUUCCUCUGGACUCGGGAGCAGAGAUCCACUGUGUCGUCAAAGACCAUGAGAAAAUGGGACGAAACAGGUUUUUGGGGGAAUGCUGGCUGGCCCUCAGAGACGUCCUCAACUCUCCCAACCUGGCCGCCACCUUUACUAUCUCUUUGCUGGACACCAAGAGAAACAACACGGGGGCCACCCUGACCCUGCAGGUCUCCUACACCCCCCCUCCUGGAUCGGCUCCAGUUUUCCAGCCGACCCCCCAGCCGGAGUCCCUGCCCCACAUCAACCCCAGCGUGGAACUGGACACCGUUACAAUGAUUUCUCUGGACACGUUCUGCGAGGAGGACACGGAGAGCAUGAUCAUGGUGGAGCCGGCAGAGGAGCCGGGGCCCGACGACAGUCGCUCCAUGGUGAUUGUGGGCCCCCAGGGGCCUCCUGGCCAGGAGUCUCCCACCACACAGACACCCAAACGCUCCCCCCCGGCCUACAACACCCACGGAGGGCUGAAGAAGAGGAGGAGAGGAUCCAACAGCCAGUCCAAACCUCUGGCCAACAAACCUCAGGACAUACAGGUCCGUGUGCGUGUCAUCGAGGCACGGCAGUUGCCGGGCAUCAACAUCAAACCCGUCGUCAAGGUAACCGUGGCCGGGCAAUCCAAACGGACUCGCAUCCGGAAGGGUACAAACCCGGUGUUUGACGAGACGUUCUUCCUGAACUUUUUCGAAACUCCCUCUGAGCUGUUCGACGAACCCAUCUUCAUCACCGUUUGUGACUCUCGCUCCCUGAGAACUGAUGCAGUUAUUGGUGAAUUUAAGCUGGAUGUGGGCACCGUGUACAAUGAACACAGACACUGCUUCUUGAGGAAAUGGCUGCUGCUGUCGGACCCCGAUGACCUCUCCGCUGGGGUCAAAGGUUACCUGAAGGUCAGCCUGUUCGUACUGGCAGCUGGAGACGAGCCGCCGCAGGCUGAUAAGCGCGAGUGCGUCGAGGAAAAGGAGGACAUCGAAGGAAACCUGCUGAGACCCGCCGGCCUCUCUCUGAGAGGAGCCGUCUUUUCUCUGAGGAUCUUCAGAGCUGAAGACCUUCCGCAAAUGGACGAUGCCUUCAUGGAUGGGAUGAAGCAGAUCCUCGGAUUCGACUCCAACAGGAAGAACCUGGUGGAUCCGAUGGUGGAAGUCCACUUCGCUGGCAAAACGGUCUGCACUAAAAUUCUGGAGAAAAAUGCCAACCCACAGUGGAACCAGAACUUAGCCAUGCCCAUCAGAUUUCCCUCCAUGUGUGAGAAGAUGAGGAUUCGGAUUCUUGACUGGGACAGAGCUAGUCACAAUGAUGUCAUCGGCACGACCCACCUCUGCAUGUCGAAGAUCUCCGCCCCGGGAGGAGAGAUCGAUGAUGACUUGAGUCCUCGGAGCGUCCACUCUGGCAUUGACGACAGUCUUGGCUUCCUGCCCACCUUUGGUCCUUGCUUUGUCAACUUGUACGGCAGCCCCAGAGAGUUCACCGCCUUCAAUGACCCUCAUGAGGCUCUAAACCUGGGAAAAGGGGAAGGCGUGGCCUACAGAGGAAGACUUUUACUGGAACUGAGCACCAAACUGGUGGACAAGCUGGACCAGAGGACUGAAGACAUCCCUUCAGAUGACCUGCUGGUGGUGGAGAAGUUCCUGAGGAAGAGGAAGUUCUCUCUCUUCGUGGCGUUUUACUCGGCCACGCUCCUUCAGGACGUCGACGACGCCAUCCAGUUUGAGGUCAGCAUUGGCAACUACGGCAACAAGUUCGACUACACCUGCCUCCCUCUGGCCUCCACCUCGCAGUUCAGCAGGGCCGUGUUCGACGGCUGUCACUACUACUACCUGCCUUGGGGGAACAUCAAGCCGGUGGUGGUCCUGUCCUCAGAGUGGGAAGACAUCCGGCCCAGGAUGGAGGCUCUCAACAUGCUGCUGACCAUCGUAGACAAGCUGGAGGCAAACCUGCAGCGGGUGCAGCUGGAAGUCAAGGCGGGCAGCGAUCUGGACGAGGUGGAGCUGAGAGUGGUGGAGCUUCUGGAUCAGCUGAUAGCAGACUGCAGUGAGGAGCUGCCCUCCUUGGACCAGUGGCAGUGUGCCACUCCUCUGGAUCGUUCACUCAGACACGUUCGAAGCCUCCACCUGCAGCAGAUCGUCACCGCGGCUCUGGCUCUGAAACACGGACCUGAAACCGAGCUGUGCACGGUGCUGGAGCAGGCUGAGGACUGGGCCAACCGGCUGAGGAGCAUGGCUGAGGAGCCUCAGAACAGUCUUCCAGACAUCGUGAUCUGGAUGCUGCAGGGCGACCGCCGGGUGGCGUACCACCGGAUCCCGGCACACACCGUCCUCUUCUCCCAGGAGCACUGUGGGAAACACUGUGGGCAGCUGCAGAACGUCUUCCUGAAGUACCCGCAGGGCAGCGGUGCAGAAGCCAAACUCCCCGGUCAGCUGAGGGUGAAAGUUUGGUUCGGUUUGGCUGCUGACACCAAACACUUCAACCAGUACGCCGAGGGAAAACUGUCCGUCUUUGCAGAGACGUAUGAGAACCAGACCCGGCUCGCCUUGGUGGGGAACUGGGGAACAACGGGAUUAACGUACCCAAAGUUCAGCGACGUCACCGGGAGAGUGAAGCUGCCCAAAGAGAGUUUCAAACCCUCGCCUGGAUGGACCUGGGCCGGAGACUGGUUCAUCAGCCCCGAGAGGACGCUGCUGUUCGAUGCAGACGCCGGUCACAUGACCUUCACGGAGGAGGUGUUUGAAAACCAGAUGAGGUUACCAGGUGGACAGUGGAUUGGCAUGCCAGAGGGGUACACGGAUGUGAACGGAGAGAAGGCAGUGCCAAAAGACGAGGUGGAGUGUCCUCCCGGCUGGACGUGGGAGGAGGUGGAGUGGAGCGAAGACUUCAACAGAGCCGUAGACGAUCAAGGGUGGGAGUACGGCAUUACCAUUCCUCCGGACCGCCGCCCCAAAGCCUGGGUGCCUGCUGAGAAGAUGUACCACACCAACCGGAGGAGACGGUGGAUUCGAAUGAGACGGAGAGACCAGCAGAAGAUGGAAGCUCUCAGGAAGCAGCGUCCCAACGAGGCGGACAGGGAGGGCUGGGAGUACGCCUCGUUGUUCGGGUGGAACUUCCACCUGAAGCCCCGGAAGACGGACAGCUUCAGGAGGCGCAGGUGGAGGUGCCGCAUGGAGCCACUGGAGAAGACUGGACCGGCGGCCAUCUUUGCUCUGGAGUGUUCUCUGAGCAGCAUAGAAGACAAACAUGACGACAAGUCUGUAACAACCACGUUUGGAGUCAACAGACCGACGAUUUCCUGUUUCUUCGACCGUGGCACUCGCUAUCACCUGCGCUGCUACAUGUAUCAAGCCAGGGACCUGCUGGCCAUGGAUAAAGACAGCUUCUCAGACCCCUACGCCGUUGUGUCCUUCCUCCAUCAGUCCCAGAGGACCGUGACCGUUCGCAACACCCUCAACCCCACCUGGGACCAGACGCUCAUUUUCUACGAGGUGGAGAUCUUCGGGGACCCCGAGGCGACGAAGGCCAGUCCUCCCAGCAUCGUGGUGGAGCUUUAUGACGAGGACACGUAUGGAGCAGAUGAGUUCCUGGGCCGCUGCGUGUGCCAGCCGUCCCUGAGCCCCUCGCCCCAACUGGCCUGGUUCCCCAUCAGCAGAGGAGACAAGAGCGGCGGCGAGCUGCUGGCUGCCUUCCAGCUCAUCCGCAGGGAACAGCCGUCUGUUCACCAUCUUCCUGGACUAGAGGGAGACUUGGUCAGUUCAACCCACGUACUAGACGAGUUGAUGUUUCCAGGAUUCCUCUCUGAAAACCUGCAGCAGCAGCAAUGGCCGGAGGAGUCGGACCUUCCUUACCCACCGCCUCAGAGAGAGCCCAACGUCUUCAUGGUUCCUCAGGGAAUCAAACCUGUUCUGCAAAGAACUGCCAUCGAGAUCUUAGCGUGGGGCGUUCGAAACCUUAAGAGCUUCCAGUUGGCGAGCGUCACGUCUCCCAGCUUGCAGGUGGAGUGUGGGGGCAGCAUGGUCCAGAGCUGUGUCAUCCGCAGUGUGAAGAAAAAGCCGAACUUUGACAUCAAUACGCUCAUCCUUGAUGUGAGACUUCCCCGCGAGGAGCUCUACAUGCCGCCGAUUGUCAUCAAAGUCAUUGACAACCGUCAGUUCGGGAGAAAGCCCGUUGUCGGUCAGUGCACCAUCAGGUCGCUCGAGGAGUACCGGUGCAGUCCAGAGGAGGAGCAAGCGCAGGAGGAGGAAGGAGAGGAGGAAGAUGGAUGGAGACGUGAGACGCCCCAGUUCACCACCGGUGAGGUCUUUAUUGACAUCGAUGAUCAGGAGCCACUUGUUCCUGAGCAGUUUGCAGAUGGAGCCAGUUCAGCUAUCAUUAACCUUUCAACCUCUACUUCCAGCCUUCAUGUGGAGGAGUCCAUUGACUGGUGGAGCAAGUUUUACGCAUCCAUCGGAGAUAAAAACAAGUGUGGGACGUACCUGGAGAAAGGUUUCGACACGCUGAAGGUGUACGACCGGCAGCUGGAGAAGGUCGAGGGCUUCGAGGGUCUCUCUGAUUUCUGUCAGACAUUCAAACUGUUCCGAGGAAAAACUCAGGAUGAAGGAGAGGACCCGUCGGUGGUCGGAGAGUUCAAGGGUAUGUUUAAGAUCUACCCGGUCCCUGACGACCCCUCGGCUCCCGUUCCCCACAGACGCUUCAGGAAGCUUCCUCCCAACAGCGUGGAGGAGUGUUUGGUCCGGGUCUACGUCAUCCAGGCUCAGGGCCUGCAGCCCAAAGACGCCAACGGCAAGUGUGACCCCUACGUGAAGAUCACUCUGGGGAAAAAGACCCUGAAUGAUCACGAGAACUACGUGCCCUGCACCCUGGACCCGGUCUUUGGAAAGAUGUUCGAGCUCACCUGCUCCCUCCCUCUGGAGAAGGACCUGAGGGUGAUGCUGUACGACCACGACAUGCUGACCAAAGACGAGAAGAUCGGCGAGACGGUGAUCGACCUGGAGAACCGCUUCCUGUCGGGACACGGCGCCCUGUGCGGCCUGCCUCAGACCUACUGCGUAUCAGGGGUAAACCAGUGGCGGGACCAGCUGACGCCCAGGCAGCUGCUGUGCCGACUGUGCGAGCGCCGGAACCUGGCCCGACCCGUUUACGAGGACGACGCCGUCUGCUUCAGAGGACAGCGUUACACGUCUGCAGACCUGGAGGACAAACACGUGUCCAAACGUUACCUCGGUCCGGUCAAGGAGCGGCUGUCGCUUCACAUCUUAAGGAAACUGGAUCUGGUACCGGAACACGUAGAGACCCGACCGCUGUUCAGCCCCCUGCAGCCGGACAUAGAGCAGGGCCGUGUGAUGAUGUGGGUGGACCUCUUCCCCAAGUCUCUGGGACCACCCGGACCCCCGUUCGAUGUCACGCCACGCAAAGCCAAGAAGUUCUUCCUGCGCUGCAUCAUCUGGAACACCAGCGACGUCAUCCUGGACGACGUCAGCAUCAGCGGCGAGAAGAUGAGCGACAUCUACGUCAAAGGCUGGCUGGACGGACAUGAACACAACAAGCUGAAGACGGACGUCCACUACCGCUCUCUGGGCGGGGAGGGAAACUUUAACUACAGGUUCCUGUUUCCCUUCCACUACCUGCCAGCAGAGCAGCUGUGUGUGGUCGACAAGAAGGUCACUUGGUGAUGGACCUGAACCACAUGCUGCGUCCGGCCAAGUCUCCGGAGAAGUGUACCCUGCAGCUCCUGGACCAGCCGGCGGACAAACUGGUGUCUCUGUUUGAGCAGAAGACGGUGAAGGGUUGGUGGCCCUGCACCUGCGAGAUGAACGGAGAAAAGAGCAUUGCCGGGAAAGUGGAGAUGUCUCUAGAGAUCGUGACGGAGCAGGAGCAAGAGGAGAGACCAGCCGGUCUCGGCAGAGACGAGCCCAACAUGAAUCCUCACCUGGAGGAGCCUCAGCGCCCAGAGACCUCCUUCCUGUGGUUCUCCUCUCCGUUCAAAACCCUCCGGUUCAUCGUGUGGCGGCGGUUCAAGUGGCUCAUCAUCCUCUUCAUCGUCCUCUUCUUCAUCGUCCUCUUCCUCGGCGUCUUCCUCUACUCCUUCCCGAAUUAUGCUGCCAUGAAGAUGGUUGGACCAUUUGGACCGGCCAAGUCUAAAGAGUGAAGAAGAAAAACUACAAAAAAAGGGACAAUUCUUUUUUUUUUUUUUUUUUUUUUUUUUUU